CCGAGCCCUCGAUCGCAGGGCUCCCGCGGCCGGCGGGCGGAGCGGGCUCCAGGGGGCGCCCCGACCAGAGCGGCGGAGAGCCGGCGUUCCAGGGACGCGGCGGGAGGAGCGGCCUGCGCCGCUGCCCCUGAGCACCCCCCCGGCGGCUGCGGUGGUCGCCCCGACCCACGCCCCGCGGCUCCGCCGCCGCCAUGAGGCUGCGGGUGCGGCUUGAGAAGCGGACCCGGCCGCUGGAGAUGCCCGAGGCGGAGCCGACGCUGGGGCAGCUGCGCGCGCUCCUGAGCCAGGCCCUGCUGCCCACCUGGGGUACAGGUAGUUCUGAUACCCGAUUUGCAAUUACAUUGAACAACAAGGAUGCCCUCACUGGAGAUGAAGAGACCUUGGCUUCGUAUGGGAUUGUUUCUGGGGACUUGAUAUGUUUGAUUCUUGAAGAUGCCAUGCCAGCACCUAACUUACCUUCAUCCACAGAUUCAGAGCAUUCCUCACUCCAGAAUAAUGACCAACCCUCUUUGGCCGCCAGCUCCAGUCAGGCCAGCAUACCUGAUGAACAACGGAAUGAUUCAUUCCCAGGACAGGCAGCCCAAUCCCAUGUCUGGAAUGACGACAGUAUGUCAGGGCCUAGUCAAACCUUUGAAGCUGAAUCAACCCAGGAUGUCGUGGAUAUGGAGGAGGGCUCAGGCUUCUGUCCCUCAGAACCCAUGCUCUGCAGCGAAGCCGUGGAAGGGCAGGUGCCACAUUCCUUAGAGACCUUGUACCAGUCAGCCAACUGCUCCAACGCCAGCGAUGCCUUGAUAGUGUUGGUCCAUCUCCUCAUGUUGGAGUCAGGGUACAUCCCUCAGGGGACUGAAGCCAAAGCUGUGUCCAUGCCAGAGAAGUGGAAAUCGAGCGGCGUGUACAGGCUGCAGUACACACACCCUCUCUGCGAGGGCGGCUCUGCAGCGCUCACCUGUGUGCCUUUGGGAAACCUGAUCAUCGUGAACGCUACACUGAAAAUCAGCAGUGAGAUUCGAAGUGUGAAAAGAUUGCAGCUGCUGCCAGAAUCCUUUAUUUGCACAGAGGAGCCAGGGGAAAAUGCAGCCAAGGUGUACAAAGACCUUCAGAAGCUCUCUCGCCUCUUCAAAGACCAGCUGGUGUACCCUCUUCUGGCUGUCACCAGGCAAGCACUGAACCUGCCAGAUGUGUUUGGGUUGUUGGUCCUCCCGUUGGAACUGAAGCUGCGGAUCUUCCGACUCCUGGAUGUUCGUUCAGUCUUGUCCCUGUCUGCAGUCUGUCGUGAUCUCUUUAUUGCUUCGGGAGACCCGCUGCUGUGGAGGUGUCUAUACCUGCGGGACUUUCGAGAUGGUACUGUCAGAGCUCGAGACACAGAUUGGAAAGAACUAUACAGGAAGAGGCACAAACAAAGAAAAGAGGCUCAGAGAGGGCGGCACGUGAUGUUCCUGCCAUCGUCACCCUACCCCAUCCCCUUCUAUCCUGGCCCCUUGCACCCCUUCCAUCCCAGCUCGCUGCUCCCUCCGGGGAUCAUCGGUGGUGAAUACGAUGAAAGGCCAACACUUCCCUACGUCGGGGACCCUAUCAAUUCUCUCAUCCCGGGGCCUGGGGAGACACCUGGCCAGUUCCCCCCACUCAGACCACGUUUUGAUCCAAUUGGCCCGCUUCCAGGACCUAACCCUAUCUUGCCAGGGCGAGGGGGCCCCAGUGACAGAUUUCCCUUCAGGCCCGGUAGGGGUCGGUCGACUGACAGCCGACUGUCAUUUAUGUGAUGGUUUGCAAUCUCGCUCUGAAGCUCAGUCUGGUUUCGUUUGUUCUUUAAGGCUGCAGAUGCCAUCUCCCUGGGGUGCUGGUCUCUAGUGCUGUUCCUGCACACGGGUGAGAGCGGCGUUCCCAGAGCCUUUCUGUGGGUAUUUCCAGCUUCAGGGGUGCUGUGGCCCAAAGGUUGCUCUGUGGAAAGGUUGGCCACAGGGCUAGUUUGCUACUGAUUUCCCUGUUCUGAUUCCUCUCUAGAAUGGAGCUUGUUAUACUGACAAUGUUGUGCACCAGAUUAAAGAAAAGGUAUAAGUUACAUGGC